CCCGGCGCUGCGCAGACCCCGGCCCCGGGCUGCCCGCGAGGCCCGCGGCGGCGGCGGCGACAGGCGGCGGCAUGUGCGGCGGACGGCGGCGCUGACGGCCCGGCCCCGUGUCCUUCGCCAUGCUGCGCGCGGCGCCGCCCGGCCGCUACCUGUGCCCCGAGGUCAGCAUGCUGUCGGAGGACGAGGACAACGGCAGCGAGAGCUCGGGCUCGGACGGGAAGCCCUGCCGCGUGCACGCGGCGCGCUGCGGCCUCCAGGGCGCCCGGCGGCGGGCCGGGGGCCGGCGGGCGGGGGGCGCCCCGGGGCCCGGGGGACGGCAGGGCCGGGAGCCCCGGCAGCGGCACACAGCGAACGCCCGCGAGCGGGACCGCACCAACAGCGUGAACACGGCCUUCACGGCGCUACGCACGCUCAUCCCCACCGAGCCUGCCGACCGCAAGCUCUCCAAGAUCGAGACGCUGCGGCUGGCCUCCAGCUACAUCUCGCACCUGGGCAACGUGCUGCUGGUGGGCGAGGCCUGCGGCGACGGGCAGCCGUGCCACUCGGGGCCAGCCUUCUACCACCCAGCUCCUGCCGGCAGCCCCCCGCCCCCGUCCCGGGACAGCGAGAACGCACAGCCCAAGCAAAUCUGCACCUUCUGCCUCAGCAGCCAGAGAAAGCUGAGCAAGGACCGGGACAGAAAGACGGCAAUUCGGAGCUAGAGGCUGACCAGCCAGCUUGGAGGUGGCCCACUGGGGGGAGAGCCGGGAGAGCCCCCACGGACCCUUCGCAGGACCCUCCACGAGCGCCCAGCAGGCUGGGGCCAGGACAGAGGGCGGCCAGGCCUAGCCCAGCCCAGCCCAGCUGGAGUGGGGUCGACAAACAGAUGGCGGAGACAGUGGCGGCGGCAGGACUCUGAGCCCCAGCACUCACCCAGGCCGCCUGGAACUUUCUCUGCUGGCUUUCUACCUUGGUUUUCUCUUGGGUCACUAUGCUUUGAUAUGAUAAUAUAAAGUCUGGAAAUUCUGUACAAUUAAAAACAAAACUGUA